AACUCUGCCAAAAUUCCAACUCAAGCAGCAAACCAACAAUUGCUUAGUUGACCAAACAAUUCCUCCACCAUGGCCAACAAUGCCAAUGCUGGAGCAGCCUUUGGGUUGGAGGACGUGCCGGAUUUGCCUGAAGCACCCACGGAACAGCCCAAGUACAACCGGGAUUACCAUCGUCUCUUCGUCAAAUUCAUGAGCUGGCUGCACAAGAGGACAUACACCAAGGCGCUCGCUUCCAACCUAAAUCCAACCUGCCGCUCCUCUACUCUUGAGCAAGAACAAGAAGGCUAUAUCCUUCUACAUGCCUCAAAGGUGCCACAUGGAAUGGAACCUCCGGCAAUCAACCAAGUCGAUCCUGUGAACGAAGUGGUCAAGGAAGUCAAGAAAGCGGAGACUCAACACCGCGGCAAGAAGUCCUGUGCCACCAGGGAUUUGACGGAAACCGAUAUCGCAAGGUGGUCCAUGAACUCUACGGCAAGGGAGCUUUGA